GCUGCACUGCACUGCACUGCCACACACUUGCAGCCAUGCAGGGGUGAACUGUCACAACCACAUGGGACGUCAAUGAGGAGCGGAAACAACGGAGUUGGAGCAUGAACUUGGGAGGCAGCCGCAUAUUCUGGAAUUGUGCAGCGAAUGUAUUGCCCGUCAUUUCCAGCGUCCGGCAUCUUCAGCGGGGCGGCUGCGGAUCAUUUCGCCCGAGGAGCGCGUCGCCUGCCCCUCCUCGGCGGGGAGCGCCGUCCGUUUCCGGGGCAGCAGGCGGAGCCUCGCUCUGGCGCCGCCGACCUCUCCCUUCAGGAGCCGAGCAGCGGCUGGAGGCGGCCGCCAUUUGCAGAGCCGCUCGGUGCAGGAGGAGGCACGUCCCGGGCAUAGUCCGCCGUCGCACCGCUCCAACGCCUGAGUCCGCACCAUGUUGUCGGUCCGUCUCACAGCCGCAUUCGCGCGGUCUCUCGCCAGGCAGCGAUCUCAGGUGGCACGACAAGUCUUUCCUGCAGGAUUUGUAGCCACUAAGAAUCUUCACACUUCAAGGACAUGGCUUCAAAAGACUGGUACCGCAGAGGUUUCUUCCAUCCUGGAGGAACGUAUCCUGGGAGCUGACACCUCUGCUGACCUGGAAGAGACUGGUCGUGUGCUGUCAAUUGGUGAUGGUAUCGCUCGUGUGUAUGGCCUGCGAAAUGUGCAGGCUGAAGAAAUGGUGGAAUUCUCCUCUGGUCUGAAGGGGAUGUCCUUGAAUUUGGAACCUGACAAUGUUGGUGUCGUUGUAUUUGGUAAUGACAAGCUGAUUAAGGAAGGUGACAUUGUGAAGAGAACUGGUGCCAUUGUGGAUGUUCCAGUAGGAGAGGAACUACUUGGACGUGUUGUAGAUGCCCUGGGAAAUGCCAUUGAUGGAAAGGGUCCACUUGGAGCUAAGAACCGUAGGCGUGUGGGAUUGAAAGCACCUGGUAUUAUUCCCAGGAUCUCAGUGCGUGAGCCCAUGCAGACUGGUAUUAAGGCCGUGGAUAGUCUGGUGCCCAUUGGCCGCGGUCAGCGUGAGCUUAUCAUUGGUGAUAGACAGACUGGCAAAACCGGUAUUGCUAUUGACACCAUCAUCAACCAAAGGAGAUUCAAUGAUGGCACUGAUGAGAAGAAGAAAUUGUACUGCAUCUAUGUUGCUAUUGGUCAGAAGAGGUCCACUGUGGCUCAGCUGGUCAAGAGAUUGACUGAUGCUGAUGCAAUGAAGUAUACCAUCGUGGUCUCUGCCACAGCCUCUGAUGCUGCUCCACUUCAGUAUCUGGCUCCAUAUUCUGGCUGCUCAAUGGGAGAGUACUUCAGAGACAAUGGCAAGCAUGCACUAAUCAUCUACGAUGACUUAUCUAAACAGGCUGUUGCCUACCGCCAGAUGUCUUUGCUGCUGCGUCGUCCCCCAGGGCGGGAGGCCUACCCUGGUGAUGUAUUCUACCUGCACUCGCGUCUGCUGGAGAGAGCAGCCAAGAUGAAUGAUAACUUCGGUGGUGGCUCCCUUACAGCUCUUCCUGUCAUUGAGACUCAGGCUGGUGAUGUGUCUGCUUACAUUCCAACCAAUGUCAUCUCUAUCACUGAUGGUCAGAUCUUCUUGGAAACUGAACUGUUUUACAAGGGUAUCCGUCCAGCCAUUAAUGUGGGUCUGUCUGUGUCCCGUGUAGGAUCUGCUGCACAGACCAAAGCCAUGAAACAGGUGGCCGGUACCAUGAAGCUGGAGCUGGCCCAAUUCCGUGAAGUGGCAGCUUUUGCCCAGUUUGGUUCUGAUUUGGAUGCUGCUACUCAACAGCUGCUGAAUCGUGGUGUUCGUUUGACAGAGCUGCUCAAACAAGGACAGUAUGUUCCCAUGGCUAUCGAGGAACAGGUUGCAGUUAUUUAUGCUGGAGUCAGAGGUCACCUGGACAAAAUGGAGCCCAGCAAGAUCACAAAGUUUGAACCAGCUUUCUUAGCCCAUGUGAAGAGUCAGCACCAAGAUGUCUUGGCAACAAUCAGGGCUGAGGGGCACAUCAGUAAUGAAACUGAAGCCAAGCUGAAGAAGAUUGUAGUAGACUUCUUGUCAACCUUUGAGGCAUAAACUUGGUCGUCUGCUGAUCAGUCUUGUAAUGUUUUGCUGACUGCUCUGAUUCCUCCACAAACUGCAGGAAAGCAGUUUUUGCUCUUGUGUAAAAUGUACAGAAGGUUUUCUCUUCAGAGAAUAAAAUAUUCCAUUCAAA